GAAGGAGCCGCAUACGGGCCUCGGCGAGCAGUUCCCGCGGGGCGGCCAGAGCCUGUUCCGCCCGCCUGCACGGUACGGCGCGGCCCGCUCCGCUCGCUCGGACCGCUUGGCCCCCGCCCGCCUUUUGCAUCGAAGAUGGCGGGUGGUGUGGACGGCCCCAUAGGGAUCCCAUUCCCCGAUCACAGCACCGACAUCCUCAGCAGUCUGAAUGAGCAGAGAAACAACGGGCUGUUGUGCGACGUGGUCAUCUUGGUGGAAGGCCAGGAGUUCCCCACCCACCGCUCCGUCCUGGCAGCCUGCAGCCAGUACUUCAAGAAGCUCUUCACCUCAGGGUUAGUGGUGGACCAGCAAAACGUGUAUGAGAUAGACUUUGUGAGUGCAGAUGCCUUGUCGGCUCUGCUGGAGUUCGCUUAUACUGCGACCCUUACUGUCAGCACUUCAAAUGUCAAUGACAUCCUCAAUGCCGCCACUCUGCUGGAGAUCCCAGCAGUAAGGGAUGUUUGCACGGAUCUCCUGGACAGGAAGAUUCUGGCCAAAAAUGACCAGAUGGAUACAGUAGAUCAAAUUGAUCAAAGGAACCAUCUCAGAGCAAAAGAGUACCUGGAGUUCUUCCAGAGCAACCCCGUCAAUGGCCACCAAGGCAGCUUUCCAUGGACCAACCCAGAGUUGAGAGACCUUCAGAGACUGAAGUUCCGAGGCCAAGAGGAGGAGGAGGAGCCAGACUGCAAUGGCAUAGAAUUCUACUCGCAAGCCCCCCUAAACGAAAGACCAAAGGUGAAUGACUGUGAUCCUGACAGCAACCCAGCCAUGUGGCUGGACAGAGAGGAGGAGGAGGUGGCUCCUGGCUCCUUGUUUUCACCUUCUCAGAAUGGACAUUACAGCGGCCGUGGCCUACCCACACCGGGAGAAGAGGAGGGGAUCCCAGGGGGGCCUCUGGACCAGCAGGAAGCCAGCAACUCCCCGAGCUUCGUUCCUCCUGGAGCGGAGGCAGAGGAUGAUGCGAGGGUGCUGCAGCAAGUGAUCAAUUCCGUGGGGAGACAGCUCGAGGACGAUGACCGAAAGGAUGACGAUGGGGUCAUGGAUUAUUACUUGAAAUACUUCGGCAGUUCAAACGAGGGCGAUGUCUAUCCGUCCUGGUCCCAGAAAGUGGAGAAGAAGAUCAGGGCAAAAGCAUUCCAAAAGUGCCCCAUCUGCGAGAAGGUGAUCCAGGGGGCUGGCAAGCUGCCACGCCACAUCCGCACCCACACCGGGGAGAAGCCCUACGAGUGCGACAUCUGCAAAGUCCGAUUCACCAGGCAGGACAAGCUGAAGGUUCAUAUGAGGAAACACACAGGGGAAAAGCCGUACUUGUGCCAGCAAUGCGGCGCUGCUUUCGCUCACAACUACGACUUGAAGAACCACAUGCGUGUCCACACCGGCCUGCGGCCCUACCAGUGCGACAGCUGCUUCAAGACUUUCGUCCGCUCUGACCACUUGCACAGGCACCUUAAAAAAGAUGGAUGCAACGGUAUUCCAUCCAAGAGGGGCCGUAAACCCCGGGUGAGAGAUGCUGGGGGUCUGCCUACCACCCCUACGGGGAACCCUGAAGAUGGAAGUUUUCAAGCCGGAGGGGAGAGUCAAGAAUCAGAGGAUACCCUGCAGAGGAACGGCCAGGAGCAGCAGCACUUUGAGGAUAAUUCAAAUAAUGAAACAUCAGGAUUGAAUAUAGCAGGAGGGUCGUCUGAGGGUAACACGCAAGGACUCUCCUAAACCAAAAAAACAAA